CUCGCGUCAAUCAAGCGGGACCCGACAGCCUGGAAAGUCUGGCCAGCGGAAGUUUCCGAGACUAGUCCAAGGUGGAAGUUGCCCUGCAAAAACCCUUACAGAUGUCGUCACCGGCCGAACCCCAUGAAGACGUCAAAUGCAAGCAACAAAACAUUCGAUACACUGACGCAGAGUCGGAUGCACGAGGCACCGACACCCGUGUGUUGACGACAACAGAAUCACCAGCGGCAAAGAUGAGCAAACUGUCGAGUAUGGUUUGAGCAAAGUGUCAGCUGUCGAGUAACUUUGCAUUAGACCUUUACGCUUGAUUUCAAGCCAACCACACCACCCAACGCUUGCAUGCAGCGACACCACUACGGCAACGCAAAGGUCCUCGUGCAGAGCCGCGCAACACGCAUUAAUACUUCGUACAGCAACGGUACGAUAACGGCAUCAGACCAAUCUCGCUCUCGGCCUCGGCCCUUUUGUGCAAAUCAGAGUUUCGCGAGGCGGUGAAUGUCUCUCAAGGGCGAGCGCCUCAAAGAUGAGGGCUCGCGACUGCAGGUCACUGCCGCUGGCGCCACAGCCGGGCUAAUUUCGCGCUUCGUCAUCGCCCCGCUCGACGUGGUCAAGAUCCGGCUGCAGCUGCAGCACCACUCGCUCUCGGACCCGCUCACGCACGCCGACGCGCGCGGCGGGCCCGUCUACAAGGGCACGCUGCCCACGCUCCGGCACAUUGUCCGCACCGAGGGCGUCACGGGCCUGUGGAAGGGCAACGUGCCCGCCGAGCUGCUGUACGUGUGCUACAGCGCCGUGCAGUUCACCACGUACCGCUCGGCGACGCUGCUGCUGCACUCCGGCCUGGGCGAGGGCGCCAUCCCCGCGCCCGCCGAGUCCUUCGUCGCGGGCGCCGUCGCGGGCGCCGCCGCGACCGCCGCCACCUACCCGCUGGACCUGCUCCGCACGCGCUUCGCCGCCCAGGGCAACGACAGGGUCUACACGGGCCUGCUGCGCGCCGUGAGGCAGAUUGCGCGCGAGGAGGGUUUCAGGGGCUUCUUUCGCGGGUUAGCCCCCGGUCUAGCGCAGAUUGUCCCCUUCAUGGGCGUGUUUUUCGCCGUGUACGAGACGCUUCGCCCGGCUCUGAGCCAGCUGGACCUGCCGUUUAGCAGCGGUGGAGCCGUGGCGGGCACGAUUGCUUCGGUCACGGCCAAGACGGGGACGUUUCCAUUGGAUUUGGUGCGGAAACGGGUCCAGGUGCAGGGUCCGACGAGGGGGCGGUACGUGCAUAAGAAUAUACCCGAGUAUGCGGGGGGUAUGGUGAACAUCGUGAGGACGAUUCUGCGCAGAGAAGGGGUCCGAGGGUUGUAUAGGGGCUUGACGGUCAGCUUGUUCAAGGCGGCGCCGGCUAGCGCGGUGACGAUGUGGACUUAUGAAAGGGCGCUGAAAUUAUAUACGAGUUUUGGCGAGAGGAGGGUGGAGGAUCUGUAAGCCUAGGGGAGUCAGAAGGGCGCAGAUGGGUCGGCUUAGACUGUAUUUAUAUGAGCAUAUAGACUGUUUCCGUACCCAAAUGAUACCCUGCAG